UCAGACGGACUUGGAAUGCUUGUCCAAGAUACGAAACAUUCUACAAAAGCGAGUUUAACUCAUGGACUCCUUGUUGUGACGCAGUACAGCAACUCUGUUCCAAAGUUUGAUGACUAUUUUAAACAACUUUCAACUGCAGACGUUAAUGGUAGCAUUAUACUUGAACAAUUCUGGGAAUAUAAGUUCAACUGUAAAAUGACAGGAAGCAUCAAUAGAUGUUCUACUGGGUUGAAAUUGACUGAAAAUGAGGGAUUCUUCUCCUAUCGACCAGCAUCUAUGGUCAUUGACGCUGUGUACAGUUUUGCUCAUGCCCUUCAUAGACUCAUUCUGGCGGAGUGCCCCAAUGUGGCCCCAGGCAAGGCAAGAGAAUGCAUCAAGGGACAUGCUCUGCUAGGAUAUUUGAAAAAUGUCUCAUUCGACGGACGCCUGGGGAAGGUACAAUUUGAUAAAAAUGGUGACAUCAUGGGGAAAUAUGAAGUGAGGAAUGUUUACUUUGAAAACGGCCACUUCGAUUCAAGGCGUGUUGCUGAGUUAGACACUGCAUCGCAAACAUUGACUGUGGAUACAAAUUUGAUUCAGUGGCACCCGAACUUUACUAACUUUGUGGAAGGUUCGGAUAAGAUUCCGGAGACUGUUUGCAGUAAACCUUGCGCUGCUGGGUAUCAGCGGAUCCAAAUAUCGAACAAAUGUUGCUGGUCUUGCCGGAAAUGCCGUGCCAACGAAAUAACAAACUCAUCAGCGACUGAAUGCAUUCCCUGUGAAAUAUUCGAGUGGCCAGAACAGCGAACUUUUCGAAAAUGCGUCGAAAUAGAACCAGAUUACAUCAAGUGGACCUCUUCCUUGGCUAUUAUUAUGUCUUUACUAGCUUUAAUUGGAAUUAUCAUUUGCCUAGUUGUGAUGGUCCUCUUUUACAAAAUUAAGAGUGAUAAACUCAUCAAAGCUUCAAGUAUUGAGCUGAUGUAUCUCAUCUUAACAGGGUCUACGCUAGGCCUGGUCAUAGUCUUCAUAUUCCUCGCCAAACCCUCUGAACUCAUUUGUUACAUCCAGCAUUUCGGCUUUAACAUAACUUUCACCAUAACGUACUGCCCUCUGUUGGCGAAGACGAGAAGGAUAUACGCCAUCUUUAUCUCGGGGCGGACGUCUAAGGUGCCACCACGAUUCAUCCAUCUUACUGCUCAGAUUGUUAUUUGUGGGACACUCACCGGGUUUCAGAUCAUCCUGACAGUAGUCUCCGCCAUCUUGGAAACGCCUCAGCCUACGAAAUACAUGCCGAACGAGACAAAACCCUACGUGGAGCUAGGCUGCACGCUGCCGCGAUGGGGCCUGAUCGCCUCCCUCGGCUACAACGUCUGUCUGGUCCUGGCCUGCACAUUCUACGCAGUCAAGGCACGGAAGGUACCGCAGAACUUUAACGAAACACGUUUCAUCAGCUUCAACGUGUAUACAACAUUGAUCCUAUGGCUAGCUUUCAUACCAACGUAUUUCACAGCCAGUAGCGAGUUCUCAAAGGUGUUGUUUCUGAUCGUGGCCAUUAUUGUAAAUUCGUACGUUGUGCUCAUUUUGCUGUUUGUGCCGAAACUUUAUGCAGUAUUUUACGUCAGUGAUGACGAUUUGAAAUUCCUUCAAUCCCAGAUCGGACCGGACGGGUUUAGGUCUAGAACACCAUCGGCUGCGUCCAGAGUUUCCUCUCCAGCGCCAUCUCAGUUCACCUCACCUGCGCACCCUAACGGCCAUUUGGGAGAAAUGGGCAUAAGCAGCAUAGCCUAGGAAAAUCUCGUAUUGUACAUCUUGCGUACAACUUUAGCUUUUAAGCCCAUCUUACAUACAACAUUAGCUUUUAAACCCAAGAAAGAAGUGUCAUUUGUAUUGUCCUAAUUUCUUGGGUUUUAUGACACAAAGAACCAAGAUAUUGAAUAAAGCACUUGGGAAUAUGUCUACCGUACAUGUAAGCUUGGCAAGACAUAUUCGGCAAUUCUCACCGAAACUACUUUCAUGUCAGACCAUAACUCGCGUCUUCCUUUAAGGUGGAGAAUCUGAUGACAGUGACUCGGAAUACACUUUUUUUUGUUCUUCAAGCUCAGAAAUAUGUACAGUGGUGCAUUAAGGAUCAAGUAUAUCAAAGAAACCAACAAGCAGAUGAUGGUAAUUUGACGAUCCUUGGCAUUCUGAGAGUCACGUUGGUCUUGUGUUCUUCCCUGUUGUUUCCGAGCCUUGGCUGAUCUCGCCAUACCGACGAUGAUUGUUACGUUAAUGAUCAUCAGUAGGGAAAAUGGCAAGUACACAAGCAAUAUGUUUUCUUUGAGGUAAAUAUCAUUAAAAAUGGA